AUGAAUUAUUUCACAAGGAAAGCUAACAUUAUUGGUGAUGACGAGUUUAGACAUUAUGCUAAACAUCGAGAAGAAGGCUCUAUACGAGACGCCGAAACUAUCGGAUACAUAAAUACCCCAAAUGAAGAAUUCUUGUUAAAAAAUACAAUCGAUGGAUUAAAAUUAGAUCAAGCGCAGUAUUUUAAUCUGCGUAAUCGUCGUUUAAUCGAAAUAGGAAGCUUAUAUCUAUGCGAUAAUUUGACCGUUUGUAUCCUGGCCAACAAUUUUAUAAGGACAUUUGAUGCUCUUAUUUAUUGCAACAAUUUACAAAUGUUGGAUGUUCAUGGCAAUCAGAUCGUUAAUGUGCCAUCUGUAGCUUUCUGGUCUACACUUUCGAAAUUAUCUGUUAUGUUACUACAUGAUAAUGGUAUUAGUUCGAUGAGUUGUGUAAGAAAAAUUGCAAAUAGUCCUAAUUUGGCAAUUUUGACCUUACAUAAUACGCCUAUAAGUUUAAAACCACACUACAGACACCACGUUGUCAACAGCAUUUUCACUCUCAAAGUGCUUGAUAAUUAUGUCAUCGCGGAUGAAGAAAUAAUUGAAGGUUGCAAAUUUACUGACCAAUUUUCAACCAAAAAUCAGUUUCUUUAUUUAAAGACGGAAAGAAACUUUGAUCAGAUUACAAACGGUGAUGAAGCAAUAAAGGAAAUCAAUCUACUCUUAUCAAGGGCUAAUAAAAUUAUGGCUAAGAAUUCUCCAAUACUUAUUAUUCAACGUUAUCUUCGAGGCUAUUUAGCACGAAAAAUACUAAAAGCAUACAUCAAUCAUAAAGAUACUUCGAUUAACAUAGAAGACAUUAUGAACCAACAUUUAUCGCUGAUAGCGGAUGCAAACUCAUCACAACAAGUAUCGACAAAUGUGGAACGCCAAAUACAGAAAAUCCAAUCUGAAAAAAGCAAUAAGAAUAAGCGAUAUCUAGAUAAAACAUAUUCUACGGUAAAACACGGUUCAAUGAGAAUGGGGAAAAUUAAAACAAAAAAUGUACUUAAAAAAUCACAAUCCAAAAAAUCAUUAGGAACGGUUUCUGAUAAUUAUUACGCCACUGCUGAAUCUCCAAUUUUAAUUCGACAAUUUUCUCCUGCCUUGUCCACGCGCGACAAUCAGAUCGUACAUUUAGACGAUCCUAACUUCAACUAUGAUCAAGAUUUUAAUAAUAGGGAUGAAAGGUUUCAUGGACAUGAAGAUUACUCUUUACCACCAAUUCACGAUGGUCAUGGUAUUAUAAAUUCAAUGAAUUCUAAACAAUCCGAAGCAAUAUCACCCUUAAAAAUUAAUGUAGACUUACGAGAAUUACAAGCACGGGCUGCACAAUUUACAGAAGAGGAACGUUCAAGUGCUAGCAAGCAAUUUAGACUAAGUAGCAGAGAGCUAAGUGCGAUUAAGACCGGUAAAGAAUUAUUGAGCGGUCUUGAAAGGACUAUGAAAAAAGAGAAGGUUGAUAAAUCCGAUAAAGAACGAUAUUAUAGCCCUCUUUCAGACUAUAGAAUGUCAGUACCUGAGGAAAGUAGGCCUCCAAUUAGUAAAAAUAGUAAAUUUAGAAAUUAUAACGAAACUAAUGAGAACGAUGAAUUAUUUACUACCCAUUUUCGGUUAUCCGGUAUGAAGGCUGCCACUACUGCCGUUGACCCUGUAGAAGAGAUGAUAUUAAAUAAGCAAGAAACUGCGAAAGAUAUGCGAGAAGCAAAGGCAAUUUAUAGGGAAAUCAUUCAAGAAAAACGGAAACCUCCUGUUGUUGAGAAACAUAUUACCCUUAAUGGCCAACAAAGACUAUAUAAAAAAUUAUACGAAGCGAUGAACUUAUCCAUUCUACGAAGUGUUGAUCAAGUCCAUAAGGACUGGCAUAAAUCGGAGAAAGCAAUACAGAAAAUUGAUACAAUUGCUAAUCAUCGCUUGCUUCAUGAUGUUCAAAAGGAAAGAAUUCGACAGUUUCAACGCUACAAAGUGAUGAUAGCGCGUGAAGGUGGAAUACAAGAUAAAAUAAUAUCAAGUGAUGCAUUAAAAAUGAUGGAAGAAGAAAGAGAAAGGGAAAAUCUAAGAGUUCAAUUUGCCAGGCAAGAAUUAAAUGAGAAAACAAAGCAGAGAUUUGAGGAGAUGGCUUUAAGUACAGAUUUUAAUUGCCAAGCUACUGCAAUUGGUCGGGUCAUAAGACAAUAUGACGGUAAAAAGCAUCGUACAGAGAUGAAAGAUAAGAAAGCAGAAGGUGUAAAAGUAAGUCAGGAAAAAGCAAUUGAAAAGCGAGAGAUGGUUAACAAAUACCUAGAGCAUAAGCGAAUGGUUCAACGCGCUGUAAAUCAAGUAGAAAAGAAAAAAAUUAAUGGAAAACUAUUAGAGGAAGCUAACGAUAGAGUAAUGCAGGCGCGAGCUAGAGUAACUUAUCUUAAACAGCGCCAUCGUGUUGCUAGCAAUUUUUGCAAAUUGCAGAAUACGCUGCUAACAUCUGAACAACCCCCUAAUGCUGUUUCUAAUAUGAGCAUUGCAAUCGAUGAUCGAUCAUGA